GUCUGUCUAUAUUUUGUGAUCAUUCUUAACAGUAGCACUGUUAGAAACCAGCAGAGCUUGAAUCUUAAACUAAUUCGCUACUAAAAUGCAUUAGCCUUAAAGGAAAAAUGUGAUAAAGAAGUGAAAUCAGAAGAACCAUUGAUAAACUGAAAUUGGUGCCAAUCAUUUCAAAUAUUGUGCAAAAGGAAGUAAAUAUCCCGAAACAUCCAGUCACCGGAAUUUGCAGUCACAGCACUACUAACAGCACUGGCUUAGUGUGACUUAAAGGCAACGAGGGAGUUUUGUAUUUGAUCUUAGCACUGAAAAAGCUUGUAAAAAGAAGUGUCUUCAAAGUCAAACAUCAGCACUGUAUUCAAAGCAUGUCACUUUACAUGCCUAAGGAGAAUGUGAAUUAACUGGAAAUCAUCUGUGUAGGCAACCUGAUGUGAUUUGCUGAGGUUAUGUCUGCCGUUGCUCUGAGCUGUUCAAUGAUGUGUCCGAUUGCUAAUGAAACAGAUCCAUCAAUAUUUGUCUGUCUAGCACAUGUUCAACAGGACAGAAGUCUUGCAAUCCAGUCAAUGGAGAAUUUAUCCUUGAAAAACAGAAGCGGUUCAAAUAAUUAUCAACCUUUCAUGUUGAGCAUCUUCAUCUUUUUGCUCUGACACUAGCCUGUUGCACAGUAAUCUCCUCUUGCGUCUGCUCUAAGCUACAUCACUAUACCAUGUCACUUCGAAGCAGGAGUUCAGGUUUUCAGCAGUUAUAAGUCAUCCAUUGCCCUAAGACUGACUGAGCAGUCUCCGAUAUGGAGACCAAAGCAUGAGUUUGCGUUUGGGGGGACAGUGAUUACUGCUGCUGUUUCUACACAGCUCCCCACUGUAGCAUUGUGUGGAGUGCCUUUCAGAGACAGCUUUUGGGGUAGCUUGGCACUUCUCCUCCUUAUCCUUGGAUGCCAUUACCAGCGUAGACAUAUUAAAGUUGAUCCAAGUAGAUCUGCACAUCUCCUGCAUGAAUCUUUUAAACCUGUCCCACUGCCAAAUGGAUUUCUGACGUGACUGGAGACUGCAAAGCUGAUUCCUUUCCAAUUUUAGUAUCAGCCCUUUGUAGCUUAUAACCAGAAAAAGAUCGGGCAAACAAAGCUGCUUCACUAAAAGUGACACCUAGAGAUUCAACGUGAUUGAUGCGGAUGCAAAAUACCUUGUCAGGAAGAGCUUUCCCAGUGGCCUGGCAACAGCUCAUUAGUCUUCAGAUACUCAGUGAAACACCUUGACCCUGGCGCUGGUGAAGGAAGAUUGCUAGGAAGGCAAUGAUACUUUCCUUUUCUAGCCAGCUGCGGCGUGGAAGGUGUCUACGCAAAGGAAAUGUUUCUUUGCUUCCUAGAAAAAAAAACAGAGAAGGAGAGAAGGAAGAAUUCUGCAGGAUUUACCUGCCAGAUCAGAAUUUCAGAAGCAUAUGGCAAGUUGACUUGGUGGGUAAAUUGAGAGAGAAAAUCCAAGAGGUUAAGCAAGAAAGGGAGCAGGAGCAGCACAAGCACACUGCCUAUGUUUCUGAACUGAAAGCCAAGCUCCACGAGGAGAAAAUGAAGGAACUUCAGAGUGUCAGAGAGCUACUGAUCCGGCAGCAUGAGCAGGAGGUAGCAAGAAUGGUGAAAAUCAAAGAUGGUGAAAUUCAGCGUUUGCAGUCAACAGUCAACGUCCUGCGGGACGGGGCGGCUGACAAAGUGAAGACAGCGCUGCUGAGUGAAGCAAAGGAGGAGGCUCGCAAGGCGUUCGAUGGUGAACGGAUGAAAUUGCAACAGGAGAUCUUGGAGCUGAAAUCUGGCAAAAAGCAGCUUGAAGAAGCUUUGAACAACAUUAUGCAGGCGGAUAAAAUGAAGGCUGCUGACCUGCGCACGGCUUAUCAGUCCCAUCAGGAUGAGAUUAAUAGAAUAAAGCGGGAAUGCGAGAGAGAGAUCCGCAGGCUGAUGGAUGAGAUAAAAGGCAAAGACCGAGUGAUUCUGGCUCUGGAGAAAGACCUCGGUGUCCAGGCAGGCCAUACACAGAAACUGCUCCUUCAGAAAGAGGCUUUGGAUGAACAGCUUGUCCAAGUGAAGGAAGCAGAACGAUACCACAGUAGUCCCAAGAGGGAGCUUCCUGCGGGAGUUGGGGACAUCACCGAACUGAUGGGAAGCCCGGAGCAGCAUUUGGAUGAACGAGAUGUGCGGAGAUUUCAGUUAAAAAUCGCUGAACUGAAUGCUGUAAUAAGGAAGCUGGAAGACAGGAAUACUCUCUUAGCUGAUGAAAGAAAUGAACUGCUGAAACGUUCUCGGGAAACAGAAAGUCAGCUGAAGCCUUUGGUAGAAAAAAAUAAGAGGAUGAGCAAAAAAAAUGAUGAUAUGUUGCAAUGUAUCCAGAGAAUGGAAGAGAAAAUAAAAAAUCUAUCAAGGGAAAAUGUAGAAUUGAAGGAGAAGUUAUCUGCACAACCAGCGCUGAAGAGGCACACAUCUUUGAAUGAUCUCAGCAGCACGCGGGAGGAACAAGAAAUUGAAUUCCUUAGACUGCAAGUCAAAGAACAGCAGCAUGUUAUUGAUGAUCUCACAGUGGAAAGGGAACGGUUGUUACGGUCUAAAAAACAGAGGAGGAAAAGUCUGAAGCCUCCAAAGAGGCAUGUUGUGGAGACAUUUUUUGGAUUUGAUGAAGAAUCUGUUGAUUCAGAAACAUCAUCUGUAACUUCAUAUAACACAGAUAAAACAGACAGGACACCAGCAACACCAGAAGAAGAUUUGGAAGAUAGCACGCCUAAAGAAGAAGCUGAACUAAGGUUCUGCCAGCUAACGAGAGAGUAUCAGGCUUUGCAAAGAGCAUAUGCAUUGCUUCAAGAACAAGUUGGUGGAACCCUGGAUGCAGAGAGAGAAGCAAGGACUCGUGAACAACUGCAAGCCGAUCUUCUUAGGUGUCAGGCAAAAAUUGAGGACCUGGAGAAAGCUCUAAUCGAGAAAGGACAGGAUUCAAAAUGGGUAGAAGAAAAGCAGAUGUUAAUCAGAACAAAUCAGGAGUUGCUAGAGAAGAUUUACAGAAUGGAACAGGAAGAGCAUCAGCUGAAGAAUGAGAUGCAAGAUGCAAAAGACCAGAAUGAGCUGUUAGAAUUCAGAGUGCUAGAGCUUGAAGAGAGAGAACGAAGGUCACCGGCAUUUAAUCUUCAUAUAACCACCUUCCCUGAAAACAAUGGAAGUGCACUUCAACUGUUCUGUCAACAGGAAGGAAUAAAGGACGUGAAUAUAUCUGAACUUAUGAAGAAGCUAGAUAUUCUUGGAGAUAAUGGGAAUCUGAGAAAUGAAGAACAGGUUGCAAUAAUCCAAGCCGGGACUGUGCUUUCCCUCUGUGAAAAGUGGUUAAAACAGAUAGAGGGGACAGAAGCUGCACUGACACAGAAGAUGUUAGACCUGGAGAAUGAAAAGGACCUGUUCAGUAAACAGAAGGGUUAUUUAGAGGAAGAACUCGACUACAGGAAGCAAGCUCUGGACCAGGCAUACAUGAAAAUCCAGGAGCUGGAAGCCACGCUGUAUAAUGCCCUGCAGCAGGAUCCAGGAAGGCGGGCAAGCGAGUCGCUGACCGAAGCCCAGAGGGAGGAUUUGCGAGCUGCAGUGGAGAAGGUGCGGCGGCAGAUCCUGAGGCAGAGCCGUGAGUUUGACAGCCAGAUCUUGCACGAGCGAAUGGAGCUGCUGCAGCAGGCACAGCAGCGAAUUCGAGAACUAGAAGAUAAAAUAGAACUUCAAAAGAGGCAACUCAAAGAAAUUGAGGAAAAGCAUUCAUUCUGUGGCCUUGAUGACACAACUGAGCCAAGACGUGUGGCUAUUAAAAGGACCUAUGGAGUGAACAGCUGAGUCCACGUGCAAAAAUAUAGAAAAUAUUUAUUGAGCAGCUUUAAAUUGGUGCAUAUUUUUCAUAAAA